AUGCCGCAUGGAAACACGAAUGUGACACGAGAGUACAGUUGCGAUGACGUGCAAGUACAUCUCACACCCAGACGAAGUGUGCAUGCGACAAUAGAUAGAAUUGCGCCUUGUAAGCAAAGGCUGAGUUGGGAUCGGCUGUGGUGCAGUGGGCGUAGGUACACCACAGACACAGUAGGUAGGCAUAUAGAUAGUGAAUCCCGGUAUACCAGUGCAAAUAUUCCGGUACACCAAUCGCCGUCUGAGUCCGAGAAUGAAUGGAAUGCGGAAGAGUUGGCUGAACUCUACAACAGCACAGAAGUGGAGACAAUAGUGUCUGAGUCAGAACACGCGAUAGACGAAGUGGCGGAUAUAGAUGUGAAUGGUUUGACGGCCGAGGAGAGAGAGGCGCUGAGUUUGAUGAAGCCCACCAAGCGUAUCAUUCGAACGCGGAACGGGUUUGUGGAUACCAUGCGCGUGCGUGUGCGUGCAGGCAAGGGUGGCAAUGGCUGCAUGAGCUUUCAUCGCGAGAAGUUUCUCGAGAGAGGUGGCCCAGACGGAGGCGAUGGCGGCAGAGGCGGCAAUGUGAUUGUCGUGGCCAGCGAUACCAUCAACAGUUUUAACAAGAUGAAGGCCUUCUGCAAGGCAACCAACGGUGUCCACGGCAAAGGCGCUACCAUGCAUGGUGCCACUGGGGCGGAUGCGCACAUAGUGGUUCCUGUCGGCACAGUCGUGUACUCGGACGAGGCCAAGCAAUCCGAUCCCGAUGCUGAGCCUGAGUUAAUUGCUGACCUGACCAAGAAUGGGCAGACCCUAGUACUGAACAAAGCACCCCGACAGACCACCGAGGGCAAACCCCCCCAGGAGAAGAUCCUGCGAUUCGAAAUCAAGACAUUUGGUGUGUGUGCAUUAGGCGCUCGUGUGGCAAUUACGCAUGUUCGGAUGCUGGUCUGGUGGGGCUACCUAAUGCAGGUAAGUGAACAAGGUGACAAGCAACGACACACCAAACCAUGUGUGAACAUGCGUCCCUCUCCCUCGCGGGACGAUGGCCAGUGCUCCUCAUCUCUGCAGGACUUACGCAAGUCGUCGUUCCUGAGUGCGAUUACCGCUGCGAGACCAGAGGUGGCGUCCUAUCCGUUCACCACUCUCAACCCACACGUGGGUGUAUUACACUACGACGACUGCCACGCGCUCACGGUAGCUGACAUCCCCGGCAUAAUCAAGGGUGCACACGCCAACUUUGGCUUAGGGCAUGCAUUCCUGCGCCACGUAGAGCGAGCGCGUGUGUUGGUGUAUGUGGUCGACUGCGCUGGGAUGGACGGACGGGACCCUGUGGAAGACUUGGCCAUUUUGCAGCGUGAACUGUCGCUGUACAAGGAAGGCAUGGUGGAGAGGCCGUCUCUGGUAAUCGCCAAUAAAAUGGACCACCCUGCGUUCGCUGCCAACUACGAGCGUCUGGUCAGCUCGUGCGAACACGAGGUCGUCGCUGUGUCAGCGCUCACAAAGGAAAACAUCAAACGGUGUACCAAGCGUCUUCGUCUGCUGAUUGAGAAGAACUUCGGCCCUUUGCAAUACUCUGCGGAAGCGUGGCGAUGACCACCGCAAGCUAAACCCCUAAACCCUAAAUCCUAGAGCAAGUUGUAACUCUAUGGUAUCGAGGAACAACAACAAUUACUGCUACUGCCGCGAAUGAAUGAGUUUCUCUCUGCAGGCUCGUACAUGGCCACCACGGCAGGAGGCCGUACCUUUGCACUCACGAAAUGUGACCGUAGCAAGCAGUUUUUAUCUACAGGUUGACAACACAUGGCCACCGCAGGCAUGUAGUUUCUGAAGAUCACAGCAGGCGAUUUGCUCUUUUAGAUUCGAAAUAGGACAACAAGCCAGCUGUAUCGUCAAGUUCACUAUGGUAUCCACAGCAAUCGAAUUGCUUCAGUGUUAUCAAAGGAUAACGUCCAUUACUGCAAGGGAUGAGGCCUUGAUAUCAGCUUGCUGGAGCGCAGCCGUGUCUGUGGGCCAAUCGCGUCACUAUCAGCGUCCGGACGUACGGCUAUACUAUUGAACGACCAAUUCUGCCAUUGCACUAGGUGUGUAAAAGUGCACGACGGCAUGUGAGAAAGACCACUGCUCAGUAUGAAGUAUGUGACACUCUUUAAAUGCGUCGACAAUCACUUCCUACUGGUGAUCGGAUAGUAAGUAAAGGACGGUAUAACAUACACCCAGUUGAUUCCUACGAGUCUGUGCACCUGACGAUGCUGCAACAGGCGAUUCGCUGGUUUUGUCGAUGUACAAAGUGGACAAUAUCGGGAUACACACUAAGCAUCACGCAGCUGGAAGGCCACUGCGACUGAAUUCGCGCACAGCGAUGGGCCUUGCUCACCCCAACUACUUCUAGCUGCGUUC